AUGUGUUUGGAUGAUGCAACAAGUAAGUGCCCUCUAGAGAGACCUUUUGGACAUUUUGCUAGAGUUUUAGUUGAUAUUGAUUUAUCUGCUAAAAUUAGACAUAAAUUGUGGGUCGAAAGAGAAGAUUUUGCGUUUCUUGUUAACGUUGAGUAUGAAAAUUUGCCUCUUUUCUGUUCGCAUUGUCAUAACAUUGGUCAUAGUUUUUCGUCUUGUAAACUUAUUAAAGUGGAUCAAGAGAAAAGGGUGUCUAAGGAGAAACAUAAACGCACAGGGAAUAAGUCUCAGAAUGAAGAUUUAAGAAAUGAAUCAGUUGAAUGUGAAAAUGCUACAUGUGUUGAUAAUAAUCCUCUUUUAGGAUUUGUUGAUUGUUUGAAAACCACCGUUGAUGGGAAUGUUGUGAGUAUUGAUGUGUUGCAUCAAGAAGACUUGGGUGCCCAGGGAAAUGAAAAUUUGCGUGAUUUAGUUGAUCAAGGUAAAAUUUAUAAGAAUCAAGAUGGAGAUUCAGAUUCAGAUGCUCAACAAGCUAUGAAGUUUCUUAGUGAAUCUUGGGCUAACAUGGAUAAGAGAGAUGAGAUUGUUGAUUUGGAUGAAAACACUAGUCAACCAUUUCAAUUGGUGGUUCCAAGAAAUAGGAAGCACAAGAAGAAACCGCCUGAGGCGUGCAAAGGUUUCAAGGUAGGUUCCUCCAACCGUACGUCUCAUUAG